GGGCGGGCUGUGUGGAGAGAUUUGUCUCGCGUUUGUGUGAGCACACGUUUGACGGACGAGUGCAGCAAGGCAGGACACGCGACGACGUGGAUUUGUGGCGCUGCUUUCAUUUUUUAAUUUCCCCUUCUUGUUUUUGUUUUGUUUUCAGCGUUCCCCGCGAUGGAUUACUGCCUGUGCGUACUUUUGCUACUCUCCAGCGUGUCCUGCGUGUCUACUGGUCAGUUCCCCAACGAGCACAUGAUUAAAGAAUGGGUGGAUCAAAUGCAAAAGGACUUGACCACGCUAACGGAUAAGGCCAGCGGCAUUCAGAGUCUCACUCAGAUCUACGAAAAACAUAAAACGCACUUCAGCGUGGAGACCAACCGUGUGGAGGAGCUCGUUUCCACGGCCGCCAGGAACAUUGAGGGAUUGCUGGAAAGCCGCUCCAAAGCCCUCGAGAGGCUGGCAUUAAGGGCGGAAGACGUACAAAUGCGUCACGAAUGGCAAGUCAACAGUGAGCCUGACAAAAUCGUCUACUACAACGCCAAAGACGACCUCAAUCAGACGGAGAAGAAGAACCGCUACGUUCCCGAGGACUUCCACGUGGACACCGUCUUCCAGCGUCUGGUCUCGUACAACACCACUGCCGUCCACAUCCCCACCGACAUAUACGAGGGCUCCACCAUCAUUUUGAAUGAACUCAACUGGACAGAGGCCUUGGAGGAUGUCUUUCGGAGCAACAAAGAGGAAGACUCCACGCUCCUCUGGCAGGUGUUUGGUUCUGCCACUGGAUUGGCUCGUUACUUCCCAGCUUCUCCCUGGAUCGACUCAAGCAAAUCGGCCAAUAAAAUCGACCUCUACGACGUACGCAGGCGGCCGUGGUACAUCCAGGGGGCGGCGUCGCCCAAGGACAUGCUGAUCCUGGUGGACGCGAGUGGCAGCGUGUCGGGCCUGACCCUCAAGCUGAUCCGAACGUCCGUCAGCAAGAUGCUGGAGACGCUGGCGGAUGACGAUUACGUCAACGUCGUCUAUUUCAACGACAAGGCCAAUUACGCCGCCUGCUUCGAGAACCUGGUGCAGGCCAACGUGCGCAACAAGCGCAUCCUCAAGGACGCCGUGCAAAGCAUCACCGCUAAGGGGACCACCAACUAUCGGCGUGGCUUCGAGUUGGCCUUCAAGCAGCUCGCACAGAUGAACGUUUCCCGGGCCAACUGCAACAAGAUCAUCAUGCUGUUCACUGACGGAGGCGAGGAGCGUGCCGAGGAGAUUUUCAAGACGUACAACCCCAAACAAGCCGUGCGCAUCUUCACAUUCUCAGUGGGUCAACACAAUUACGACAAAGGGCCCAUUCAGUGGAUGGCGUGCACUAACAAAGGUUACUACUAUGAGAUUCCGUCCAUUGGGGCCAUCAGGUUAAACACUCAGGAGUAUCUGGAUGUUUUGGGCAGGCCCAUGGUCAAAGCAGACCGCAAGGCCAAGCAGGUCCAGUGGACCAACGUCUACCAGGAUGCACUGGAGCUGGGACUCGUCAUCACUGGAACCCUACCCGUCUUCAACAAGACCAACACAGGAUCCAAGAAAUCUCAGAACCAGCUCAUCUUGGGCGUCAUGGCUAUCGACGUUUCCUUGGAGGACAUCAAGAGGCUCACGCCACGUUUUACUUUUGGACCAAACGGCUACUACUUUGCCAUCGACCCCAAUGGCUAUGUGCUGCUCCAUCCCAACCUUCAGCCACCGACGGCCGAGUUCCACGAGCCCGUGACGUUGGACUUUUUAGAUGCUGAGCUGGAGAAUGAUAUCAAAGUGGAGAUCAGACAGAAAAUGAUUGAUGGCCUCACUGGGACUUACCCCAUAUCUGCUCUGGUCAAAUCACAAGAUGAGCGUUACAUUGACAUGGGCCGGAGAACGUACACCUUUGCGCCGGUGAAGGAUACAGACUACAGUCUGGCGUUGGUGCUGCCCGAGUACAGCUCAUAUUACAUCCGUGCCACCAUCGGCGACACCAUCACCCAAGCAAAAUCAUUUCUGGGAAAAGAUGUUUCCGAGAGCUUGUUGGCGGACAAGUUUGACGAAUACGGCUAUACGUUCAUCGCGCCAAGGGUGUACUGCAAGGACCUGAAGCCGCCCGACAACGACAACAGUAACACGGAGUUCCUCAUGGAGUUCAACAACUACAUCGACACCAAGACGCCAAACAAUCCGAUGUGUAACGUGGAGCUGGUGAACCGAUUGCUCCUGGACGCUGGCAUCACUUCAGAUCUCAUCAAGAUCUGGAAGGAGAAUAAGUUGCAGCCUGGAGUCACUGCCAGAUUUGUUGCCACCGACGGAGGGAUUACCCGAGUCUACCCUAAAAGCGCUGGCUUGAGCUGGAGGGAGGAGGCAGAGACGUACGAGUCGAGCUUCUACAAACGAAGUUUGGACAAUGACCUGUACAUCUUUACGCCAACGCCAUACCUCAAAGACAACAUGAGCGACGACUCGAUCCUCGUGAGCAGAGCUCUUAACCUCAAGAUCGACAACAAGCUCCUCAAGCCGGCGGUGGUCGGCGUCAAGUUGGACGUCAGCGCCUGGAUGGUGAACUUCAUCAACACCACGCUGAGGACCAACUGCACAGAUGAGAUCUGCGGCUGCCAACGGAACGAUAUGUAUGUGGACUGCGUCAUCCUGGAUGACGGUGGCUUCCUGGUUAUGUCCAAUCGGGAUGAAUACGUCAAUCAGAUCGGUCGCUUUUUCGGAGUGAUUGACCCAAUCCUGAUGGUCACCCUGGUCAACUCGUCGGUGUACACCUUGAAGAAUUCCUACGACUACCAGUCGCUGUGCGAUCCCGUCAAGGAGACCAAGGCGGCGGGCCUGCGAUCUGUUUACGUGCCUUCCAUUGGUGAUAUUUUGAACGUAGGCUGGUGGGCCACUGCUGCAGCCUGGUCAAUCCUGCAACAGUUGCUGGUUAGCAUCACAUUCCCCAAUUUCCUACAUGCAGCCGACAUGGAGGAGGACAUGUCUGACAUUGUCCAUAAAGAAGUGUGCAUCACGGAGCAAACGCAGUACUACUUCGAGACGGACGACGUCGCCUUCCGAGGAACGGUCGACUGUGGCAACUGCUCCAGACUGUACCAUGCUGAGAAGCUUCCCAACACCAACCUGGUUUUCAUCAUUGCUGACGCCAAACUCACCUGCUCGUCCUGCGAUACCAAACCGCUCAUACAGGAUGAACAGCAGUCUAACGGUCCUAAUCCCUGCAAGGUGGCUCAGAAACCUCGCUACAGGAAAGGACCUGCGGUGUGCUUUGAUAAUAACGAACACGAGGAGGACCCUGACUGUGGUGGGGCAUCCAGCUUGAGUCCCUCGCUGUGGCUCACCUUUGCUCUUCAGUUGGUGCUUCUCUGGGUUCUGAGUGGCUGCGGACAUUACACCAUCCUGUCAUGACCUGUUUUUGCCCCACCACCAUCUCUACCAGCAUGUCUCUGGAAUGACGAACGAGAAGAGCUUUCAAACUUUUUCUGCAAAAAACCCACCUGAAGAGGACUUUGAUUGCUGGCGUCAUUGUUUUUGUAAGUGGGGCUGCCUUAUCGGACUUUGUUGAGGAGCUUGAGUUUUUUUUUUUUUUUAUCAACACUGCCAGAAGCUAGCAAACAGUUUGUUUUUAAUCUAGUGGUCUGCUUGUUGGUUGAAGGCAAGAAAAACAGCGCCGCCACCAACUUUUGCCCUGCGGAUAAUCUUUUAUGUCUGGAUUCUUCCUCACACCUGCCAGUGUCUCCGGAACUUGUUUAUUCUGUGCUCUUCGUCAAAAUCGAAUCCUAGUUUUCCUUACGUCUGGAAUUCUUGGAUCGAAAACUGCCAUGAGUGCGCGUCAACCAAUCAGGACAAACCUGACUGAAAACUCUCUAGUGCCAUGUACUUCUGAGACGACUAUCUGCAUUUUGUGUGUACAACUACUGAAGUCCACUUUGUCGUCUUUUCUUUGCUUACAUCUCUGCAGAACUAACAACAAAUCGAAUAUAAAUUGAGCGUUUUAUUAUCGCAGUAGGUCUGGGCUCAAGAUCAGAUUUUGUAAAGUGUUAGUCUGCAUUACACUGUGGUUUUAUUGUGCAACGCUGAUGAUUUGAGAACUAAAGCUACAAAGUACAUUUUGAUGCUAACCCUUCCACUUUCAUAUUUGAUCGUUUUUAUCGCUAUUUUCGUCUGCUUCGGCGUAGAGAGACUCCUCCGUCACGCUAGCAAUUGUUGCACUUUAUAAUCCAACCAUAACAUCGUGCUCUUGGUGGAACUAACAACGUGGUUGUCAUUUACUAACAGGGAGAGGGAAAAAAAAACAAGUGCCAUAAUCGAAUUCUCUCCUUUUCCGAAUUUAUGCAAGUUAAUGUCAAGUAUCGCGCGAUGAUCAGCUGUUACUGCCUUUGUUUUCCCUUGAGGAGGCAGCAUCUGCAGUUUUUUUGCAUUACAAUUCAUAUCCCGAUUUUUAGCACCCACUGCAGCAGUGUGCUACCAAAAGCGCGGAAAAAAAAAACAUAAAUUUUUUUAAGUUAACGUGCUAAAAUCCAAUGCUGUCCCCUCGGGAAUAAUUAACGUGAUAUGAAGUGGUUCCGAUUCCGUACAGGUCGCAGAAAUCUUACGGGUUGGCGUGUGUUUGUGUCUGUGAGUGUGUUGUGUGUUAGCAUCGGGUCCACCAAGUCCCGUUUUUUUAAGACUGUCUACAUGUACAGGGGUAUUUUAAAAUUUUUGUUUCACUGCUAUAGUGGUGGUCCACUUUUUGUUGUACAGCUAACCCCCAUCAACAAUCAACAACAAAACAGUGCAUGCGCAAAAUUCUUUGAAGUCAAUUUAAAGUGACUGAAAACUGAAAAACAAAUAAAAAUUUUAAAAUACUUUUAAUCAUGUGGACAUAGUCUCCCUCUCCCUUGAUCGUGCUUUAAAAUGUUACACUUAAGUGGAACUUGUAAAAAAAAAAAAAUAGUACAAAACCAAAGUUCUGAUCAAAAUGUGUGUUCAUCCAUGUUCAAAUAUUCAGAAUAAAAUUUUAUGACAACAA